GAGUGCGUUGCAUUCUGGGAAUCCAGAAGCCGUAGCUUCUCAUUGGUUGAGAUUUGCUAACGCUAUCUCUUAAAUUGGGCUGUAUUACUGAAGAUAAGGGUCAGAACAACAACGCACUUCCUACAGACACAAGUUUUUUUGCAGAGCGUGUCUUCGCCUUGCCAGGUACCGAUCUCCCGCGCGUUGCAGAAAGCGGCUGUGACGCGACGGAAGUAAUUCCUUCCUGUGCCCCGGAACCCACGGGGGAAACUACUAAAGUUCCUGUGGGAUCAAGUAGAAUUUUAUAAGAACAUAAUGGAUGGAGAGGAGAAAUCCUAUGGUGGCUGUGAAGGCCCUGAUGCCAUGUAUGUCAAAUUAAUAUCUUCUGAUGGGCAUGAAUUUAUUGUAAAAAGAGAACAUGCGUUAACAUCAGGAACAAUAAAGGCCAUGUUGAGUGGACCAGGGCAGUUUGCUGAGAAUGAAACCAAUGAGGUCAAUUUCAGAGAGAUCCCUUCGCACGUGCUAUCGAAAGUAUGCAUGUAUUUUACCUACAAGGUCCGCUACACUAACAGCUCCACCGAGAUUCCUGAAUUCCCGAUUGCACCUGAAAUUGCACUGGAGCUGCUGAUGGCUGCGAACUUCCUAGAUUGUUAAAUAGAAUAAAUUAUAAUAAACUGUUCAUUUUUUCAGUAUUUAAUACCCGUAGUUCAGUUAGUCAUUUUUCCACAUAUAGCAUGUUGCCUGUAUGAAAUUGAACUCUAAAGUUAAUUGCUGAGCAGAUUCCUUCUGUCAUUUGCAUAGCAGAGUUGAAAUUUGUUUGCUACAUCAACAAAUUAAGGACGUUCACAAGCCAAGAAAUAAACAAAUAAUGCCA